AUGAUGGAAGAGGUGCACAAGAGCAGCAGCAACAGCUCGGUGACGCCGUCCCAGGCAGCAGCUGGACAAGGUACAACCCUACAGGCAGCUCAGCUCUCUCAUAUUGCUCAACAGAUGUCUCUGCGGGGUCCUGCACCCCUGACAGUUGUUCAGCUUCCUGGGGAGCAAGUCCAGGUCCAGGGAGUCAUUCAGACAGCUCAGUCCUCCUCUGUCAUCCACUCCCCUCAGGUGCAGACAGUGCAGGUCUCUUUGUCUGAGAGUGAGGACUCUCAGGACUCCUCGGACAGCAUCGGCUCCUUGCAGAAGGCUCGUGGUAUCCUCGCUCGGCGACCUUCCUACCGAAAAAUUCUGAAGGAUCUCUCCUCUGAAGAUAGUCGUGAGAGGAAGGGAGAUGAGGAGAGUCCUGGGGUCUCCACGGUCACCUCUAUGUCUGUUCCCACACCUAUCUACCAGACGAGCACUGGACAGUACAUUGCCAUUGCUGCCAACGGGCUGCAGCUGGCCGGGGCGGGCACCGAGGGUGUGCAGGGCCUGCAGACGCUGACCAUGACCAGCACUGGCAGCACACAGCCUGGCACCACUAUCCUGCAGUAUGCACAGACCUCUGAUGGGCAGCAGAUCCUCGUACCCAGCAACCAGGUGGUUGUGCAGACUGCCUCAGGGGACAUGCAGACCUACCAGAUCCGCACCACACCAGCCACCACCUCCCUGCCCCAGACUGUGGUGAUGACCUCUCCAGUCACUCUCACAUCACAGACCAGCAAGACAGAUGACCCCCAGCUGAAACGAGAGAUCAGGCUGAUGAAGAACAGGGAGGCUGCUCGGGAGUGCCGCAGGAAGAAGAAGGAAUAUGUGAAGUGCUUGGAGAACCGAGUGGCAGUCCUGGAAAACCAGAACAAAACUCUCAUUGAAGAGUUAAAAACUUUGAAAGAUCUUUACUGCCAUAAAAGUGUGUAAGGAAAGGUCAAACUUCUGUGGACUGUGGAGAUUCCAGAGGAGAAUUUUUGGGGUUUUUUAUAGACUGAAUUUUUUAAACUAGA